UCCAAAAUCAAAAUCAUCAAGAAAAAGAGAAAAAGAAAAAAUGAGUGCCUCAAUCACUUCCCUUGCUUCCUUCUUCUUCCUUGGAGCCCUCCUCCACCACGCGGUUGCCAUCGGCCACAUUGUCGGAGGCGAUCAUGGGUGGAACCUCCCACCAACCCCCACCUUCUUCUCCGAAUGGGCUCGCAAUUCAACCUUCUACAUCAAUGAUAGACUCAUAAUCAAAUCAAGAGGCAACGAAGUUCACGACGUUGCAAGCCCAAAAUCUCAAGCAGAUUUUGACGGAUGUGUCCUCCCACCAUUUGUUUAUGAUUUUGUUGGUUUCAUUUCGCUACCGCGUGUUGGCCGCUUUUAUUUUAUCUCCGCUAUGGGAAAUGAUUGCAAUGCAGGAAUGAAAUUUGGUAUCGACGUUCUACCAAAAUUGUGAACAUGAAUGCCAAAUUGUUGGAGGAUGAUAUCAUCAUUUUCAAAUAAUACCACACACAUCAUUGUGGGACUUCCUCCACUCUCUACUUCUCUAAACCACUCUUAUGUUCAUCUUUUCUUUUCCUCAUUGAAGAUAUAUUUCAACAAAAUUAAAGCAACAAAUUUUAACAAUUGUGUUACUGUC